CUUAUCACUUAUCAGUUAUCACUUAAUACUUAAAGAAUAACGUUUACAUUAUUAGAUUUUGGAUAUUAUUUGGAUUUUUCAGUCAUUCACUCAAUACAUUUGAUAGUUAUUAUAAAAACUGAAUUUUGCUCCCAACAUCUUUUAUUAAUUAGUUGACUUACAUCUUCUUAUAAACUGUACGACUAUCGUCCAAACCACAAUGUCGCUGGACUCGAUUCCCAAAGAUAUGAGAUCCGCUAGAGCAUGUCUUGUGUGUUCGUUAAUUAAGUCUUUUGAUCAAUUUGAAUUUGAUGGCUGUGACAAUUGUGAUGAAUUUUUGAGAAUGAAAAAUAACCGUGAUCAUGUAUAUGAUUGUACAAGUUCAAAUUUUGAUGGAAUGGUUGCACUAAUGAGCCCUGAAGACAGCUGGGUUGCUAGAUGGCAAAAAAUCAAUAGAUUUACAAAAGGCAUUUAUGCUAUUUCUGUUGCUGGUCGAUUACCUCCAAACUUUGUAAGGGAAAUGAAGGCCAGAGGUAUACCAUAUCGUCCUAGAGAUACAACAUUCAAAUAAGUACUUUCCCUUUAUUUCAUAAGUCAUAACUCAUGUUUAUUAAAUAAAUAAAAUUUUGUAAUUCAUUUUA